ACAGAUAUCGGCGAGUGCACUGUAGGGACACACAACUGUCAUGUCAACGCAAAUUGCAUAAACACAAGAGGAUCUUUCGUAUGUGCUUGUGAGACUGGUUAUGAAGGAAAUGGUGUCACUUGCAUAGGUAUGGUUGCUUUGCCAAUUCAAUUUAUAAUAAGUGGGAAGUAAAGACAGAAAAAGUAUAGAGGUCACAGCUUUUAGCGUUGUUAAUUUGAAGUGGCAAAUUUACCUUAUGGUAUAUACCAUUUUCUGCAGUAGAACAUUAUAGUACUAGUCAACGGAUUGCCAAAGAGGAAAAAAUUGCCCGCGUAAUUCAAACAUUAUAAUAUAGAAAAGUUGUGCUUGACAUAGGUAUUGUGAAAGGAUAAAAGCAGCAUAUAUGUUCGUAACAAAUACAGUAUACUGAAGAUAUACCCAGCUAUUACAUUCGGUUAAUUUGCUUUAAUUUAAUUAAUAUAUUAUUUUCUAUGUAGAUAUUAAUGAAUGCACGCGUGGAACACACAACUGUCCAGGUUUCUCAACUUGUCUUAAUACACCAGGAUCAUUCAUUUGCCAGUGUGGAAAUGGCUUAAGACUAGUUAACGGCACUUGUGUAGGUAAGAAACAGGAAUUAUGCAAUACUAAUGACUAUAUAUUAUGUAUGUGGUAGUAAGGCUACGCUUAGGCUAAAGUGUCACUUGACAAAAUUUUUAGUCUGAAAAAUUUCUUUGUAGCACUUUCAACAAUAACAAUAACAACAGCAACAGCAACAGCAACAGCAACAGCAACAGCAACAGCAACAGCAACAACAACAACAACAACAAAUUUUUAUUUACCUACAUAUAAACAGUUACAGAACAUUUUAACAAGUUUGAUAUUUAAAAGUGUAGAGGUACUGGAUUCCUGAAAUAACUAUAAAGCUAAAAAAGUUAGGAAGCCAGGAAACAUAAAUUAAGUUACAUUACGGGUCGAAGAUAUACAGUACUCAUUAUUAUACACACAAACACAAAACUAUAUUAUAUUUACACAUACACUAAUAAAAGUUCUACCAUAGUUUUCAUUAUAAUAAGAAAUUGAAACUAGGAACAGAAAUCAGUCUUAAUAUUGCAUCUUAUUGCAAAUGAAGAAAAAACAAAAAAUUAUCAAUAUUUACUUAAAAAUUCUUUUCUUAAAUUUUUUUAAAAUUUCAUGUAAUUAAGAAACAGAUUUAAAAUCUAAACCAAACGAGUUUCAGACUUUAGGCCCUUGAAACCUAAUAUUAAAUUUACCAUAAUUUGUCCUUGCUUUGGGAAGAUAAUAAGAUUGAUUUGCAGUUGAUCAUGUAUUAUAAUUAUGGAUUGCUUCAACAGAAGUAAAAAAGGAACUGAACGCAGAAGGUAACAUUUGAUUGUGAAAUUUAAACAUAAAAACUGCAAUAUGCAGUGUAACAAGAUCACACAGCUUGAUAACUUUUAAUGACUAAAGAUAGGGCUUGUGUCGUCAUCAAAUUUAGAGAAAGCAAUAUACACAUAGAUUUUUUCUGCAAAACAAAAUGGGUUGUAAAGUUGUAAGGUAUGUAUUACCCCAAACAGUUAUCCUAUAUAUUAAAUAUGGGUAAAUUAAAGCUUCAAACACUCAUUAAUAAUUCAUAAGCUUAUUGGCAAAUCAUGUCAACCAUAAUAUGUUACGUGCAGUGGCUUUAAACCUGAUACCACACUCCUAAUUAGUAUUCUUUAUAUAAAGAAUACUAAUCAGGCAGUAUCUAUUGUAGUCGUGUCCUCAUUAGUAUUUUUUUUUUAUAUAAAGAAUACUAAUAAGGCAGUAUGUCUAUUGAAUUUGUAGUCGUGUUUGAAGCCGUUUAAUAAACUCGCAGGUCGUGUUUUAUUAGGUCUAAAGCCACUCGCGCUGUGAGCACGAGUCUUUAAACCUAAUAAAACACUUCUGCUCGUUUAUUAAACAGUACAUAAUAAAUGUUGGUUAGAAUGUUUACAUUUAGGUAAUAUCGAAGUUUUUUGAUAAAACUCCAGCAACCUGGGGUUUCCAACUGAGAUAUGAAUCAAUAAAAAUACCAAGAUACUUGAUACAUUUCUCUUGUUGUAAUGGUAUAUUAUUCAAGGUUAAUUCUAGAUUAAAAGGUAAUUUUCUUUGAGGUGGGUAAAAACCAACAAAAUUUGAUUUUUCUACAUUCAAUGAGAGCCUAUUUGCGCAAAGCGAAUUAUGAAUAUUAGAUAACUCACUGUUUAUAUUAGAUUGUAGAAUAGCAAGAUUCUUAUGUUUAUGGAAUAAAUUAGCAUCAUCAGCAAAUAAGUGAAAAUCAAAAAGGGAUGAAGAAAGAUGAAAGUCGUUAAUAUAAAGCAGAAAUAGUACUGGCCCAAGAAGAGAUCCUUGUGGAAUACCACAGGAAACUGUUGUUGUGUUCGUAGUUUCAUUGUUAACUGUAACAGUUUGUUGACGAUUUUCAAGAUACGAUAUGAACCAAUUACGCCAUAAUAGUCCAAUUUUCUUAUCAAAAUUUCAUGAUUUACAGUAUCGAACACUUUACUAAAGUCUAAAAAAAUUCCACAUGAAAAAUCACGGUCAUCAUUUGCUGUUUGAAUUUUGUCAAUUAUGUUAAGAAUUGCAUAAUUGGUAGAGUAUUUUGUACGGAAGCCAAAUUGAUUGUCAUAUAAGACAUUUUUCUUUUCAAGAAAAUCUAACAAUCUGCUACAAACAAGCUUCUCUAAUAGUUUUACUAAAGAUAGACAGGAGGGGAGUUGGGUGAUAGUUGCAUAUAGGCAGGCAGGAGAUCCCUUCUUGUAUACAGGUAUUACAUUAGCCAAUUUAAGACUUGAAGCGUUGAACAAGUUUACUAGAGGCUUUGAAAUUACUUGUCUAAGAAUUUUAAGCACAGAAAUAGGUUCACUAAAAGGACCAACAACCUUCCCAGUCUUAAGUUGGGAUAUUUCUGUCUCAAUUUCAUUAGUAGUAGCGGGAAAUAUAAAAAAGCUAUUUGGUAAUGGGGAUUUUAGAUUUUCUAAUGGUGAAUUUGGAACCUUUGGUAUUAAAUUAGCCAGGUUAUUUCCUAUGUUUUUAAAAUAGUUAUUAAAUGCAUUAGCAAUAAUUUUUGGGUCAGUUAUUUCAAAAGUGUCCUCUACAAUUUGAAUAGUUUUCUGGUUUGUGUUUGGCUUAAAAUGAAUUAUUUCUUUAAUUCCACUCCAAAUUCUUUUGCUAUCAUUGAUGUUUUCUAGGAAAUAACUGUUAUAAUAUUGCCUUUUACUAAUCUUUAAGAGAUGAAUAAUUUUUUUUCUCUAACAUUUAAAUUUAAUAUGGUAACAUGUAGAUUUUGCCUUUAAAUAUUUUUUAUAUAGAUUAUUUUUCAUUUGUAUAGACACUUUAAUUGCAGGCCUUAUCCAUGGUUUUGAUUUAAAUUUCAAUUCUCUCGAUAUUUGUUUUAUGGGGAUGUAUAUGUGUUCGUCUAUUAUUUCUGAUGUUUUAUCAUAGAAUAAAUCAAAUAUACUAGACGGAUUGCAAUUGGAUGUAAAAAUUGUUUCCCAGUUUACAGCUAGCAUUUCAGUAACUAAAUCUGUGUCUUCAAAUUUAGAGUAGUCUCUUUUAUAUAUUUUGACACCAGGUGGAAGAGAAGAAAAUUUAUUAAAGAUAACAAAAUUUGGUAAAUGAUCUGUCAGGUCAUAAAUAAAUUCCCACUGAUAACAAAAUGUUCAACUGAGUUAAAAGAAAAUAUUAUCAAUCAAAGUGGAUGAAUGGUCAGUAAUUCUACUUGGUUGUAGAAUUUGAGGUUGAAAAAAGAAAGAGCCAAGAGUAUUGAUAACAUUUUCAGAGCCAGCAUAGGAAUCGUAUUUUAAAAGAUCUAUAUUGAAAUCCCCCAUUAUCAUACAAAGUUUAUUUUCUCGAUGGAUUUGAUCUAUUGUCAAAUUUAAAUUAUCAAGGUUUCCAUUUGGGUGCCGAUAUAUUAUUCCACAUAUUAAAUUUUGUUGACCAUUAAGAUGAAUUUCUAUCCAAAGGGUCUCAAAAUCAUGAUUAGAAGUAGUGAAUUCUAACCGAAUACCAAAUUUUAAAUUAUUCUUUAUAUAUAAAAAGCAACACCCCUGCAUUUGAAAGACUAGGUUGUAAAAUAAAACUGUAUCCUUGUAUGUUAAUAUUUGUCAGAGGUUCCUUAUCAACUUUAAAUUUAAUUUCUGAAAGUCCAUCAGAAAAAUGGAAAAUUUAAUUCAGAAAACAUGUGUAGUAAAUUGUCAUAAUUGGCAGUCAAACUUCUUAUAUAUUACAGUCUAAAGCUGAAAAUGAUUUAGUAUCUAUUGGACACUGAGUAAUAUCAUGGUUACUGUGAAAAUCAUCAAUACUAUAGUAAUUGAAAUUAUUAUCAGAUGGCAUAUUCAAAUUAAUAUCUGAAUUUGUAAGAUGAGGAAUAUUUGAAAUCGGAGAAGUUAUAUUAAGAAAUGGCAAAUUACCAAGCUGUGUUAUCCUGUCGACAGUGACAUUCGAAUUGUUUCUUAUAGACAUUUCAAGGUAUUAGUGGUACUCAGAUAAUUUUAAUAAGACAUUAAUUGUAAGAUAAUUUUCCCUUAAUAAUAAAAGGGCGAAUAUAUGGUAGAGACUAUAUCCAUCUAAAGUGUAUAUCAAACAUUAAUCAAAUUUAAAAUAAAAAACUUAUCUUGACACUGUUGUUAAGAGUUUAGUAAUAUCUUCUUUAUUCCUAAUGAUUGUGGCAGGACUGGCUUGGUCUUUCCUCUAUCUUUAUUCUUCUAUUUGAUGACCAAAUAAAUGAAUAUUGAAGAUCCCUUUUUACUUUCAUACAUAUAGCUAUGUGGUACUUAUUUAAUCUAAAUUGUUCCUGGUUUUAUUUUGAAGAUAUUGACGAAUGCAACUCUGGAUUACAUAAUUGUCACGCGUUUGCCGCAUGUUCCAACACCUUUGGAGGAUUUACUUGCCAGUGUAGAACAGGAUAUGCGGGGAACGGAACUUUCUGUCGAGGUGAGGUGGGAUGUGGGGAAAAUAUUGAGUUUCUAUAUGCAUAUUCACUUGUUAAUGAAUAUCAUAUAGUAUACUACAUGAUUCUACUAAUAAAUAAUAGUGUAUUAAUGUUUGGUAAACAUUGGCAAAAAUUACCGUCAAUAAUUUCAUUUUCUCCGGUAUUAUCGGUGGUAAUUGCCUUUUGCAAAUGGCAGGAACUGCGAGGAUUGUAAUUAUGUAGCUAGCAUUUGUUGUUAAUGUUGUUCUUAUUGGUUAUUUUAUGAUGAUGAUGAUGGUUUGUUAUUUUUGUUGUUUUGCUGAUGUUUCUGUUCUCUUCAGUUGUCCUGUUUAUAUUACUGGUUUUGCUUUUGGUGAUGGUGGUCUUGUCAUAUAUGCACAUGUAUAAUUAACAUUUUUUGUCAUGUUUCAUAUUAGACAUCGAUGAAUGUGCGGCCAAUACUGAUAACUGCCACGUUAAGGCAACUUGCACGAAUACGAUUGGUAGCUACACCUGUCAAUGUAUCACGGGUUAUGAAGGGAAUGGCACCCAUUGUGUUGGUAAGUUAUAUAGCUUAACGUGAAUGAACAAAACAGAACAGAAUAGAUCUAGGUUUUUCUCGGUAAAUGACGGCUAAACACUGUAAUAUUUACCAAUCACAGAACUAUAGACGUAGGGAUGAAACAGAAAACUACUAGCAUUUACCUUUACAAAAACUCUUAUUCUUAAUAGACAUUCUUAGACUACAAUCUACCAGUCAACUUUAUUUUACUGAUGAAAGACACAUGCAUGUAUAGUUCACUUCAAUCUGCACAUUCAAAGGUUCAGGGGAAUUCGGAUCGCUAUAUCAAAAUUAGCACGGUUCGUACUUCUAUUACCUGCGUGUUUAAUAAACGUUGUUUUGAAUAUAUGCCGUAUUCAAAUAUUCCCAGUCAGAGUUUUCGGACAAAAUCCAAAAUUUUUCAUGAUCCUUAUACUUCCAAGUCUGUCUACAGCUGCGUUAUAAAUUCUCGCAAAAAUUACGGCUGAACAUGCUUAUAUGCAUUCCUUAGAUAUUAUUUAUGUAAUAUUUGGUUAACCUUCUGCAUAUUCCCAGGGCAUCUUAUAGUGCAUCUGACAAAAUUAAUGACCAGAAAAAAUGAAUUACGUUAUUAUUUUUUACAUAUAGUGCGAAAGUUGAGCUAUGUGUGAAAAGAAUACUGAAAUUUUGUGAUGAUCAUUAUUGUAUCCAUAAAAGUCUUAUACAUUUCUUUUUAGACAUUAAUGAGUGUAUACGACGUACAGACAACUGCCAUGCUAACGCCUUAUGUACCAACACUGACGGAUCAUUCCUGUGUACUUGCUUAACAGGAUAUGCUGGAAACGGAGUUAUUUGUGCUGGUAUGAACCUUAAAUUAAUAAUAUGAACCAUUCUUUGAAAUCUGAAACCAAAUGAACUAUUUUCAAUGUAUAGAUAUUCAUGAGUGUACAACAAAUACACACAAUUGUCAUAUCAACGCACAAUGUUCCAACACACAAGGUUCCUUCAGGUGCACCUGUAAUCCUGGCUUCACUGGACCAGGAACAAACUGUGUUGGUAGGUGUCAUUACUAUAUAUUUGUUUAGUAAAUAGAGCAAGAUCUAGGUUAGCCUAAAGAUAGUUGAUGUAUAUUCAUGUAAGUUUUUAAAUUAACUCAUUUAUCUUAUUGGAUGAGCCAUAAAGUGAUAACGUUCUGGGCAAACGCUAUUAAUAGAUAUGCUUAAAAUUUAUUUUAUUGUUUAUUUUAUUAUUAAUUUAAUUAUAACUUAUUGAUCUAUUUACUUACAAACAUUUAAACAAAGAGGUAAUUUUUGUGAUAAUUAUAUUACUGAUUUAAAACUGGUCAUACAGAGCAUGUGGCUAGAAUAUUGUAUAAAUAUUGCAAUGUUAUAUAUAAUAAUACAUUCUUACUGUAGAUAUUAACGAAUGCAACCUGAAUAUUGAUGAUUGUCAUCAAUUUGCGACAUGUAGCAACACUCUCGGUUCAUUUGAAUGUCGCUGUAAUGUAGGAUACGAAGGAGAUGGCGUGAACUGUCGAGGUAUUCAUUGUUUAAUUAAGAGUUUCGGUCUAGAAUUGUUUUCAUUUCUUAGAUAUUCAUUGUUUGUCAUUGGAUUUUCUCUUGAAAACGAAGUGUAUGGGCUUGACUUGUUAUUGUCGUAUCUCAACACAAACUCGCGCAAUCCGUGUUCGGCCGAAUCUAGUUAUUCUUUUUUCUAUUAUGCUUAGUUUAUUAAUAACUUUCACUUAUGUCAAUCAUGCGUACCUGGGGAUUUACCACAAAAUUAGCUUAACAUUGCGCAUUGACAUGCAUGCAUGCUAAUAAUAAAUAGAAUGAAAGAUGCUAGAUCUAGAGUUUUGAUUCCCUUGUAUUUGAACAUACUUGAGUACUUCACUUCUUACAAAUCAGUAAGUGAUGCCAGCUGUCAUCAUAUAAAUAGCAACCAUGCGCUUUUGGUGUUUCCACUUGGUAUGACGACGCAAGACGCUACUCCCAUCGUUGGCCAACAUCUUAAGUUAUCAAUAAAUUCGUGAGUUAAAGUUCCCUGAUUGCAUUUCAAUUGUUUUAAUUUAUCUGAUUGAUAGUCUGUGACACAUUAUCACUUAGAUGUUGAUGAAUGCGUAAAUAAUCUUGACAACUGUGCUGUGGGUAUUGCAACGUGUACUAAUACUCAAGGAUCAUAUAUCUGUGCUUGUAACACUGGAUACGCUGGAAAUGGACGUCAGUGUGUUGGUAGGUCAUUUUCGUCGAUACUUCUUAAAACGUUUUUAUUCUUAUACAGUAUUUUUUGUUUUCUCCAUAGAGUUCUGCUUAAAAUUGGAAUUUAUUUACCUUCAGGCUUAUGUCGCCAACAUCCUGGUAUAGCAACUUGUAAAAAUCUACCUAUCAGGCUAACAUCCAUUACGCGCUUUUAGCCAUGCUAAUUUUCCUCAGCUUAAGGUGGCUCAAUACAGUUUUUAAAAGAUGGAAAAUUCACGAAUUAGAGGCGUAUUUUUGGACAAUUAUUACUUGUCGACAAACAAAAAGUGCCUUACUUACAUAAACCAACAUCUAAGGAGUUUGAAUUUUUGCACAAAAGUUACGCAACUGCCGUUGCCAUGGCAACAAUAAUGUUUCAAAAUGGCGGAUAUUUCGGCUUUAAAGUAAUUUAUAUAACUCGUAAACAACAUCGGUGACCCCCAAUUUUAUUUUAAAAAUUAUUUAUCUUAGUAUAAUCAAUUAUUUUAACAAUUUAAAGAAAAUUCUGUGGAGCCAAAAAAAUUAUUAUGAAUAAUCACCUUUACGUAAUUUAAAAAAUUUCGGCUCCACAGAAUUUUUUUUAAAUUGUCAAAAUAAUUGAUUGUACUAAGAGAAAUCACUUUUUGAAAUAAAAUUUGGGGGUCACCGAUGUCGUUUACGAGUUAAAUUACUAUAAAGCCAAAAUAUCCGCCAUCUUGAAAUGUCAUUGUUGCCAUAGAAACGGCCGUUGCGUAACUUUUGUACAAAAAUUCAAACUCUUUAGAUGUUAUUUUAUAUAAGUAAGGUACAUUUUGUUUAUCAACAAGUAAUAAUUGUCCAAAAAUACGCAUCUAAAUCGUGAAUUUUCCAUUUUUUGAAAAACUGUAUUGAGCCACCUUAAUGUGACCGGUCAGCAAUAUGGCAGUGGCAUGAUUUCAUUCUGUGUUUGUAUAAAACAAAUUUUAGAUGUCCGUUUGGAUUGUGCAUGAACAAAAAAGAAACAAAGAUCCUACAUAAUUUCUCACAAUCCCUUUUAUCUCGCUGGGAUACCCUGUGGUUAACAUAUAUUGCUGUUCUUGCAUAGAUAUCAAUGAAUGUACAGCUGGAACUCACAAUUGCCACCCCACGUUGGCAACCUGUACUAACACACCUGGAUCUUUCACGUGUCAAUGUAUAGCAGGUUUCAAUGGAGACGGUGUUACCUGUAACGGUAAGUGGAUCAUCAGUGUAUAAAUUGUGUUAUGUUUUAGAUUGAAGCUAUCGUGAAAUGCAACAAAGUUUAAUGUUCUGCCUCUGGCAAACGCUUAGUUAGCAAACGCAAAGUUAUAAAUUGUAUUUAGUUCAUGGCUAUUGUGGAAUCUGGAAUCUGAGCUAGAAAUAAAUUUUUAAAUUGAACUGUAAAGGUUUUUAUGAGAACAUAAAAGAGAAGGUCGUUUGAUUGCAGCGAAUUCAAUGAAUACGGUUAAGAGUGCUUGUCGAGCCAGAAUCAGAAAAUUAUCUGAGAAAAUCCACUUUUUCAUUCCUCCUUGCCCGAUUUAAUAUUAUGCACCUGCAUGUGUUAUGUCUGCAUUGCACCAAAAUUGGGACAUAGAAUAUCAAUUAUUGCGAAUAACUGAUUUUGUUGCCAAAGUUAUGUUUCGUGUAUGAUGCUUUCAGGGUUAGGGACAUGAUUAAAGAUAAAUAUAUUCGUCCCCAAAGAUAACGAUGCAACUUCACUUUAAACCUGAUUGUAUAGCAGACUCAACAUAUCUUUCUUCUAAUUGAAAUUACUUAUGUUUUAUUAUACUUCGUUAUGAUUCUUUCCAGAUAUUGGAGAAUGCACAAGUAACCCUUGCCAUGUAAAUGCAUUCUGUACAAAUACAGUUGGUGGUUUUACCUGUACCUGCAACACUGGGUACAGUGGCAACGGUUUAGCAACGUGUAACGGUAAGUCUAGUGUUGAUUUAUACAAGAACUUCAAUCUGUAUGUAAAGUCCGAGUACACUUGAAUGUUUGCAUUUAAAUUUGGGAACCCCUUGUAUCUUGCUACGGUGGAGAUGGGGUAAUGGGGCGAGGUUUCUGUUAAAUUUUAAAUGCAAAAAAUGCCAACGCUUUCAAAAUUAGAUAUUGCAUGUUUUAUCUUUAUAUUUCAUUGGCGUUUUAUUGCCACCCAAUAUAAGCAAAUAAAAUGACAUUUUAUAAUGCAGCCAUGCUCAAUAUGCAGCUAAUAUAAGCAUUGACUUAUUGCGCCACGUGUUAAUCUUGUAUAGAUAUCAAUGAAUGCAAUGAUGAUCCAUGUCAUCAAUUCGCCACGUGUACAAACACUCCUGGUUCAUACACGUGUACUUGUAAUACUGGUUUCGCUGCCAAUGGAACCCACUGUCAAGGUAAUCAAUUAUGUCUCUAGUCAAUCUCUGUCUGUCUGUCUGUCUGUCUGUCUGUCUGUCUGUCUGUCUGUCUGUCUGUCUGUCUGUCUGUCUGUCUGUCUGUCUGUCUGUCUGUCUGUCUGUCUGCUUGUCUGCUUGUUUGCUUGUUUGCUUGUUUGCUUGUUUGCUUGUUUGCUUGUUUGCUUGUUUGCUUGUUUGUUUGCUUGUUUAGAUAAUGAAUUUAUGGAACCUUUGCUCGUUUUUCCCGACUACGUGCAUGUGUAAAAAAAUCAAUAUUUUUCUAUUUCUUAUAGAUAUAAAUGAAUGUUUGAAUCCGAACACAUGUCAUAAUUCUGCAACAUGUACCAAUACUGUUGGAUCAUUUACAUGUCAAUGUAAUUCUGGAUAUUCUGGCGAUGGAUUCAGUUGUGUCGGUAAGUAUUACGAAAAUUGAAUUCCAAUAUAAACUUCAACACGCGCAACUACUUGAACAAUUCGAUAUUAUCCGAAAGGGAGUUUAUGAUUAUAUAGCUGUAACUAAGAACACGAGUAACCCGCUGCCAUAAUUCAUAGUUGGCUUGUAGUUUAAUCAUUGGCAAAGCUAAGAAAUAAAUAAAAUAAAAUAAAAUCAACCGCUCAAACAAAAUUCCCUAUGGAUUCAGAAUUAUGUUUUUUAAACAAAAAGUCUUUAUGCUUCAUUGUAAAGAGUAUUAUAGAAAUACAUAAUGGCAUUCUUUUAGUCGAAGGAGGUUGUAAUUUAGUUUUUGUUUAUUCAUUUAUUCGGUGCAGUAAACGGUUUAAUAAAUGUGUGUGACUCUGACCACUAACGACGAGGCGGAACCAUGUCUACCACUAUAGUAUCUGCAAGUUUACUUAUACAUCUCAAAUUCAUUAAUAAUUCAUGAGUAAAUUAGCUAACCAUAUUGCUUUAUUUGCUCACGUACAUGAUAAUACUGGAUACCUAUGAAAUAUAUUCAUCCUGUCCUAGGACUGGAUCAAAAUUAAUUCAGUCCUUGGACUGGAUCAGAAGUAAUUAUGUAGUGAUUUAUUCGCAUGAGAUCAUUGAGAUGUAAUUUCAAAUCCUCCAAUUCGGACUGGACUAGAUUUCAAGCCCUCGCGUUUUGAUCCAGUCCUCGGUUUCGCUUCGGACGUGACUUGAAAUCCAAUCCAGCAAUCGUAUUACUUAAAAUUUACAAGAAAUUUAGAAUAUAUAAUUAAUUUCAUCGUCAACAGAUAUCAACGAAUGUUUGACCAAUCCUUGUGAUCCAAAUGCUGCGUGUGGGAAUACUCCUGGUUCAUUCACGUGCACUUGUAACUCUGGCUAUGCUGGAAAUGGACUUACUUGUUUGAGUAAGUAGCCAAUCACAACUCGUAAAAAUACUUAUAGGCCAUCUGUAUAUAACUUUAUAAAUACUAAUUAAUUGAAUAAUAACUUUUGAAAGGUCCUCUAUAGCUGCGAACGUAGCUGAUCUUGACAGGAUGAACAGUAGUUACACUAUAAGAGUUACUACUGACAACUAUUGACUUCUUGACGGGAACUCAUUGUGCAUGGGAACUAGCACAGAAGCUGAAUUCCAAUCUUUGGCUACGGCAUAUCUGCAUGGCCCAUUGAACUAUGCGCUCUUGGCAGACUUAAGAGAGUCUUAGUUAAGAUAUACAUAUAGGAUAAACAUAUAGUCGUUAGGAAAGUAAUGUCACAGUUGUAAAGGUUAGUCUUGUCUAAGUAUAGGUAAUAUUAGUAAGCACAAUAUCUCGUGCAAUGUGUCAUGACAAGUGAGCUGAAUAAUGUGAAUGUAAGUUCUCUUUAUCGAAUCAGCCAGAAUCAUGGCCACAGUUAAUGCGGAGAGACUUUAAUGUUGAUCAGGACUUUGAAAACUUUGGAAAUAUAUUAAAUUUGAAAACAAAUUGGAAGCCUGGAAAAUACUUAAAACAUUAAGUGCAUUAUUUUAAUGUAAAAACAUUAUUUUAAGUAGAAUUAGUGCUUUCUGAUGAUAGUUAUAUUCAUGAAGAAUGUCCUUGACGGGUCAUGAAAAAACACGAUUACUCUAGGUUAAUGUCAGAAUUUCUUGGUGUAAUGAGUUUGUUAUAAUUUCAGAUAUCAAUGAAUGUGUAACGUUGAGUCCUUGUAGUCCAGAUGCAACUUGCCAAGACACCCCUGGUUCAUUUAGAUGUACCUGUAACGUUGGUUUCACUGGAAAUGGACUUACUUGUUCUGGUAAGUUGUUGUUUAAUUUGUUUCACAUGCGAAGAAAUUGACGAAUCAGGAACAGCGGUAAUUCCCAGUUAGUCAGAAGACAUUUCCUUGGGGCUUAAGGAGAUUUUAAUGUUGGAGAGAAGAGCUUCAUAGAGAGAAAAGUUUAUUUGUUUGGUCGAAAUGCAGUAAAGUGCAUGAGUGACGUAAUCUUGAAGGUCUGUGCCAGUGUUAUAGUAGCGAUGUCAAAAGACAGCUGCGUGAGAAUUGAGAAGGUUACAAUUUGAUCACAACUUCGUCGUUUCGAGCGAAGGCUCUUCUUCAGGAAGUUAGAGUGUUGAUCGGGAAAGUUACAUGUGCUUUUAUACUAGGCAAUAUAAAAGUGAUCACGUCACAAUAAAUAUCACCUUAUUCCAGACUUGUUUCAUAUAUCAUUUGUAGUUUUCCGUAUAUUUGUAUUAAUAUAUUCUGUAAUGUGAUUUAAAUAUUUGUGUACACUUUCUUUGGACUAAAUCCAUCUGAUUGUUUUUUUGUCACGUGCAGCAUGAUCACUUUCAUAUUUAGUAGUUUACUAGUAUAAAAGCUCUUUUCCUAUCCAUGCCACUAACUUCUCAACGAAGUGUCUUGAAACAUCGAAGUUCUGCUUAUAUUUUUCAGCUAGCUGUAUCUAUCUCAAUUUGCUGCAGUAACAAUGAACUGUUUCAGGGAAUUUAAUAAAUAUAAUCAAUACGGCAUGUUUUUCUUUCAUGUAAGGAAAUGCUUAUAGAAGACCCCUGUCUUAAUACAGGGUUCAUAGUAUGAAGUGUUUUUAAGUUGUAAUUACAAAUUACUUUUAGUUUUUGUUGGAAGUGUUCACUAUUUUAUCUUUACAUUACACUUUCUUUUUAGAUAUCAAUGAAUGUCUUACUACUCCUUGUGAUACAAAUGCUCAAUGUACAAACACGCGUGGCUCUUUCUUGUGUCAAUGUAACUCUGGAUUUGCGGGGAAUGGAUUCACUUGCGUCA